GUAAAGCGCGUUACACUCUUCAGCCCGUGAAGUUUCAGCUUCAGCUAUGUGGCACGUUUACAAAAUACCAGCACAUCUGACUCCAACGCUUUCAUGUGAAGAGCUGUAAAACCAGUUUCGGUCUCAACCAAAGGCUUCUCAGUCUAACUGAAAACCGAGGGCACAGAGUUGUAGCUCUCAUUUAAACACAAGGCAUGGAUGUCCUUUGUUAUGUGUGGAUAUGGCAGCUGUAUAGCUAUUGAAAACGUCAUCUACAGCAACAGAUAAGGACAAGGCAUGGCUGGGAAGCCUUUCCGGGCCACCUAUAUCUGGAGCAGCAUCAUCUCCAAUCUCCACACUCAUGUGGAGGUCAAGCGCCGCCGCCACAACCUCAAGUCCUACCACGACUGCUUCCUGGGCUCAGAGGCCGUGGAUGUGGUGUUGGCACACAUCACCCUGAACCGUUUCUUUGGCGAUGAGGCAGUGCCUCGCUACAAGGCCAUCCGUCUUUGUCAGGCCCUGAUGGAGUCGAGGGUGUUUGAGCCAGUGGGCAUUAAAGUAUUUGGGAAGGAAAAGAAGCGAGCUACAUUUGAGGACAGUAGUUGCAGUUUGUACAGGUUCCUGAGCCCAACGACCAGCUCCACGUCAUCGCUGACCGACACCAACUCUCAAUCCACUGGUACCAUCGAGAGCGGCUAUGACUCCCCGAGCAUGAACAGGAACAAGAACAGCUAUAGUCCGUCACGUGAAAGACAAGAGGUGCUGAGCUACUCCACCCACUCGUCUGUAAAAACAGACAAAUCACUGGAAGACGUGCUGAGAAACCUCAACCUGAGCUCAACCAUCACCCCCCAGAUGAUCAACCUCGGCCUCUCACAAGAGCUGGUGGAUGAGGUGUGGCACCAGCAGGCAGUCUUCAGGCUGCUGCAGCUGAUAGAGCUCCCCCUGCUGGAGAACUUGUUAGAGGGCAAGGACACAUCUCGGCCUCACCUGCAUGGCAUGGACAGCGACCCAGACCUGUUGUAUACGUCAAGCUACCUAGACCGAGAGGUCCUCAAGGCCUUCAGUGAAGCCCAGGCUGAUGAUUGGAUGUCAGGGGCAGUGGACUGUCUAGAGUUUCUGCCUGAUGAACUUGUGGUUGAGGUCAGUCGAGGCUUGGCUGGAUGUGCAAACGACCUGCUCCGGUGUAAGAGGCUGCUCUAUGAGGUCCUGGCUCAGCAUUAUGGACAGACACAACAGCCACCACUGCUCAGCAACCACGUUUUCGACAUUCACUCUGGCAUCUCGGAGUUACUCGUGAACGGCAAGCGAGAGCAAGCUCUGGAGGCUCUGCAGCUGAGCCUGAAGCUGCAGAACUCGCGCAUCAGGGAGGAGCUACGCAGGCUCCUGAGAUUCAUGGCCACUGCAGCCAAACCACAGGAGGUCAAACUGCACAAAGAGAUUGAGAACAGAAUGGCUGUGAAAAGGUCCUUCUCAAGUGCCAUCGUCUACAGCAGAAGACUCUCCAAAGGAAAGGUUGACCUGAUGGUUCUGUUCAUGAUGGACAACCACUGUGAUCUCUUCAAAAUUCCUGUUUCAUUGCACAAGAUGGUCAGUGACAGAAUAAUGAAUAUUGUGAAAGGGAAGGAUCCAGAUAUGAUAACAGGAUCGACAUACUGCACAAGACUGAGUGCUAAGGCCUAUUCAGAAAAUGCACAGAAAACAACUAAAGAGGAACUUUGGUCCUUACUCCGGAAAGUCCAUGAGAACCCUAAACUCUCCAUCAAAGAAAAGAGACGGCUGCUGGGGCAGUUUUAUAAAGGCCAUCCAGAGAUUUUUGUUCAGUACUUUGGAAAUAGAUUGUCCAGUGUCAACAUGUUUCUACAGUAGUAUUUAUUAGCGGAAAACAAAUCAUGUAUGGUAUUGUAAAAAUGCAUAGAUGUAAGAAGGAAACCUGAUGGGCUGAUGUGCAUAGUAAGUGGAUUUUAUUUUGCAGUUUGUAAAUAGGUUAAACUACUGAAAAAGAAUGUGAAUUUUAAUUGUAUAGACUCUUAAUAAGCUGCAAUAUUUAAGGACAUAAAUAUGUGUCUUAAAUGUUUUAUUGAUAUUUUCUUUGGUGCAGGACACUAACAUGAACUGUCCUUGUCAGUUAUAUGCGAGACUGUUACUUUCCCAGAAUGACGAAAUGAACCAUGUGUUCAUGUGUGAGGUUUUUUUUUUUUGUUUAAAAAAAAAAAAAAAAAUGUUUUCACACUGCAAUGCGUCUCGUUGGCAUUCUGUGUCUGCAGCCACUAAGGACAAGUCUGCAUUUCGCUUUUCAAUGGACGUAUUCUUUGUGCUAGUGCAAUAGGAACAGUGUUUGCAAUAAAAAAAAAUGUCUGUUCAUGUGGUUACUCGUAUACAGUGUCAUGCAGGGUCUGAGGAACCAUCAAACGGAUAUUUGAACCUUGAAAUUUGAAAGUGUAAUGAUGUGCUGUAGUAAAAAGUCAGAGGCAUUCAUGAGAAUCAGCCCUCCGGGGUUGUUGUUUGUUGCUACAAAUCAACAAAACAGAUGGGUUUUUUUCCUUUUCAUUUGACCGAAAACCUUAGCUGCGUUUUAGCAGCAAUCUCAAGGUUCCUUUUCAAAUAAGGUUCACUUGAGGAAAUUGCUUCCACAUUUCCAGGUGACGAAAUCAUUCCUUGACUAACUUUAAACAACACACAACUUGUUUGUAUUUUGACAGGUCUUAAUGAAAUUCAGCUGGAAUUGUCUUAACAUACAUGUAGAUCGUCCUUUUUCAUCGUAGACAAAAUGUGUAUAUUCUGAUUAAAAGAGACCAAAUUACAUCUCGAAUGUCAAGGAAUGUAUCUACAAAACACAAAUAUUAUUCAAUUUUGAGACGCAUUUUGCUGAACUUUAUGCCCAUUCCUACUUAACCACAAGACAAGCUGUGGACGUGGCUUUUUCUUUCAAAUAGUCCCCUCCCCGUGUCACUGAGAGUGGUAUCUACGACUGUUUUGUGCUAUUGAGGCUCUCAGUCAAUUAA